CACCCUUGUCCGAACCUACCGUAGCAAACGAAUAACCUAGCUCCCUCUCGGUAGUAAACCAUUCCCUAGGUCUUGCGGGACAUAUGGUCCACCACCCCAUCAAUCCUUCCCAACACCCAGGCCACUAUGAAUGUAUACCUAAGUAUCCAAACCGUGUCAGUGCUUGCCUGCUUUCUCACCGUUAAUAGCAAUAUGCAUUUUCGCACCGGCCGAUCUCGGUGCAUGAUCACGAAUCUCAGCAGCCACCCACAGAGCUGGUUUGCCCAUCCACGGAGUAGCCUAGUGACCAAUUAUACAAAGUGACCCCUCUUAUGGGGUUUCCAGGCGGCACAUAGUGCUGGCCUGGAGAAUCAGGGAGUGGAGAUAGAGUCGACCAGGGCCGUGGCAAUGGAAGCGGAAUAGGACUUGUGGGCCGUCGAU